AUGGGUGACCUCAGGUCCAAGCUGCGGGCCAAAUUCCCACGCCGGAACUCGGGCAUCUCGCCGCUCCCCAGCCCCAACACGGCCGAGCCAGGCGCGAGUGGCGGCUCUGGCGGCACAACGGGGGCGACGGGGACGACGGGGACGACGGGACCGGGGACAGGUCUUGGUGCCGAGACAGCCAUAGCUCCCCUGGAACCCUCGGACCAGGGCAGCAGCCGCAGCCACACAGAAGCAGCCACCAGUCCAACCACCACCGAGAAGGCGGCCACAAGAGCCGACGGCCUGAAAAACGGAGCGCAGUCGACAAACAAACGGCGACAACGAGCGAGGCACCUAUCGCUGACAGGAAUUCCCAAUGUCGACAAGACAGACCUGAGCCUGAGCGCCUCUGGACCCGACAGCGCACCGACCUACACCUACAUGGCAGGCGCGCUGACGGCGACCGCACGGACCAGCACGACGGAUACAGCUGCCGCAAACAGCCCGUCACUCAUCUGCUCACACAGCAGCAAUCUUAAUAACAGCGACAACGGCGUCCCAACUACCAGCAAACCCGGCCAUCGCCGCGCUUCUCUUGCCAGCAAAGGCCCAAAUACCAGUUCCAUCGUCGCUGACAGCUCAACUGCUGCCAAUCCACAGCCCUCCUUGUUGCCGUCUCCAUCGAGGCCUCUGCCGCCUGUCGCUGUGCCCUCCGACGCCGACGCACCCAAGCCAAGAGGCUCCACUGACCCCGUCCGCAAAGUCGGAGCAAGCGACGACGUCCCCGCCUCCGAGAGCUCUGACCCGGCGAUCCCGGGCACCCUAUCCGUAACCCCCGUUCCCCCAUCCUCGACCCACGGAGGCCCCGCGGACCCGAACCAGAACAGCCAGGCGCGUGCGUUCGAGUCCUGUACCCGCACAGCCACUCUCUCGAGACGCCAAAGUCUGCUCCCCAGCCGACAGGCGAGCUUGAUCCGACGGCUGCUGAUCUCGGCGGGGUCCUCGGAUGAACCAGACUCGUCCUCCAUCGAGCAGCCUCCCCCGCUUACCCCGAACAUGGUGACACGGAAGAUCUGGGUCAAGCGUCCAGGUGGAUCGCCAACGCUGAUUACAAUCACCGAAGACGACUUAGUUGACGACGUGCGUGAGCUAAUCCUGCGCAAGUACAGCAAUUCUCUCGGCCGGCAGUAUGACGCUCCGGACUUAACGCUGCGCAUCGUCCCGAGGGAAGAAAACCGGCAGGAUCACAUCCUGGGCCCAGAGGAACCAAUGGCCCGUACAUUGGACGCAUACUACCCAGGAGGACAGUCGGUUGAUGAGGCCUUGUUGAUUGAUGUCCCUGUCCGUCGUACCCCUCGACCCUCGCCCAGGGCUGGUCCUCCCCAUGAGCAGCACCUUGCCUCGGUCAGCUACGAAGACAUGCGACCUAUGGAGAGCAGCACUGACUAUUUUGGACCUGGUGCCAUUGCUCAGAUACCGGUGACCAUCUCCAGUUCCAUGGUGAAUAGUACCUCUCAUCCUAUCUCGGUGUUGAAUCCAGGACAGGUACCCCAAAUCCCUUCUCCCGGCGGCACCAGGACGCGCGGGUAUCGCGAAAGGUUCGAGAGGCCCCGGUUGGGGAGACAGCAUGCCUCCUCUCCAACCAUACUCAAUGUUGUCGGUGCCGGAGGUCACUCCAGUCAUGGCGUGCAGCAAGCCCCGUUGCCUCGAACGUCCCGGGCCCACUCGAAUACUUCUCCGGAGCAGCCGCACACCACCCAAGGCGCGCCGCCUGUCCCCCCUCUGCCAACACCUCCGGCUCAAGACGUACCAACAUCUGCGACCAGAGCUGCUGGCACGCCGCCAGCGAAGACAUCGCCUCCUCGACCCCCACCAUCGUCGCGAAAGAAGAAAAAGGGGCCCGAUGUUCAAUCGUUGUCUGCUGGGAUCCUCAAUCCCGGUGUGCCCCCGAUCAAUGUGCUGAUCGUUGAGGAUAAUAUCAUCAACUUGCGCCUACUCGAGGCAUUCGUUAAGCGUCUCAAGGUUCGCUGGUCGACUGCUAUGAACGGCCGCGAGGCCGUUAACAAGUGGCGCAUGGGCGGCUUUCACCUAGUUUUGAUGGACAUCCAGCUCCCCGUCAUGAGCGGGCUCGAAGCCACCCGUGAGAUUCGCAGGCUGGAGAGGCUGAACUCAAUCGGCGUCUUGUCCUCGAGCAUUGGUCAACAGUCUGAUGGCGUGCCGGAGGAGCCGACUGUUCUUUGUGAGCAAGACAAGCUCCCAAAUAGGGAGUUGUUCAAGAGUCCUGUAAUCAUCGUCGCCCUCACAGCCAGCUCAUUACAGAGCGACCGACAUGAGGCUCUCGCCGCUGGGUGUAAUGACUUCUUGACAAAGCCCGUUACCUAUCCUUGGCUCGAACGGAAGGUCAUGGAAUGGGGCUGUAUGCAAGCGUUGAUCGACUACGAAGGCUGGCGGACUUGGAAGUCGUAUGCAGAGCGGGACAACGAAGAGCACACUGCGAAGAAGUCGAAGGCAAAAAAGUACCGAUCUGCCCCGAACAGUUCGUCUUCUGAUGGACAAUGA